AUGGGGUUCACCACCAGCUCCAAAAACAUCCACCUCCGCAGCAUCAAGACGGCGGCAGGCGAUCAUAUCACCAACCUCUGCGCGGAUUGCAAGGAUGAACAUGGGCAAUGGAUUUACCGGGAGGUCACGCUCGACUGGUAUAUCGGCGUCGACCAGCCGACUGGGCGGUUCCUGCUGGGCUCCCCCCUAUUGGGCUCCUUAAUUGAAUGCAAGUACCUGACGGGGUACUCAUCCAAGUUAGAGCUCACGGCUGGCGGGGCGGUCCUGCUCUGCACCAUGGACGGCAGCUACAACCACCGGCUGAAUACCCUAGCCUUGGAUUUGAUCUUCCAUAACGACAAGGGAGACCUGGUCUAUCAACUCCCCCCCAAGAAUGUCCGAUCGCGACUGACUCACCUGACGCUGCAAUUUCCGGCAGUCCUCCACGGCUUCGCGUUCACUCGCUACGGGACAUUGUGCCCGACCUCGUUGGACCUGGACAAGCACCUGACCAAUGAGAAUGGCAUACUCAAGAGGAAGAAAGACGGCAACUUCAGCCAUAGCGCCAUCGAGCUCGGCCUCAACUCUAACUGGGCGCUCAUUGGCCAGUUGGAGGACUGGCACCACACAUACCAUCUGAUCAACUGCUGGCAGCUGAUGGACGAGUGGGUGAGCAUCACUGACGAGGGUGAACUCGCCAUGGAGGAUCCCGCGGGCACCUGGGAUCUGCGAGGACCCUUCUUCCGACUGCUAGAGGAAAUCCCCCUGAUUGGAUAUAUUGUGGCGGGUAUCGAUGAACUGGAGGGGGACCAUGACGAAGCCGUGCGUGCAGCAGCCGAAUGUACCUACGCGACCAUCUGCUUGGCGGCAGCCCUGGUCGGCGGCGCGCUGCUCGGGCCAGUCGGGGCAGCUGUUGCCUCGGGAGUCACGGGCUAUGCUGGCCUGUACGCAAAGAAAGCCAUCGGGCAGCACAUCAGCAAUCCGAAGAUGCGCAAUGAGGUGACCGCGAUCACCAUCUAUCGCGUCCUGGUGGCGGAACUGACCCUGAUCGCCGGCGUGGGGCUGGAAGGGCUAUCAGGUGCGUUCAGUGAGCUUAUCGUCGAGGAGCUGAUGGCGGAGGGUUUUGGCCAGCUGGCAGUCAGUAUGGGGAAGAUGUUGGCCGAGAAGGGAUUGGAGGGUCUGUCCGAGAUCGUGAAGAAUCUGGUGGACGCGAUCCAGCACGGCAAGUCCGAAGACGACAUUAAACACAUGUUUGAUGACUGGGAGAAUGAUGGCGUGGAUCUGUUGAAUGAUCCCACCCCGAAGAAGGAUGACCCGCCGCCACCACCGAGACCCUCUCCCCCGACUGAUGAAGACACCAACAUGGAGAGGGGCAUGGAAGCUUACGUAUACCCUCGCGAUCCGGCGCCCCAUCCUAUCAAGGAUGAUGGUACCGGGUGGGAUGAAAGCGGCGGCGGCACCGGGCUAGGGAGGAAAAAGAAGAAGAUGAGGGACCAGUUGGGCCACGGUCAGUGGUUGAUGUCGACAGGUCACCCAACCACAACCUCCUUGGCCAGGAUCACCAGUGAGCUGGACAGGGUAAGCCUUGGUACGGGCUACACCUUGACGUUGAAUGGGGAUGGACUGCAGGCAACCAACUCCAACCACCAGGAAUUCCUCUUUCGGCUAGAUAUGGCCCGACUCCUAGCGGGAUUGGACAGCCCUAACUCAGGCGAUGCAAACGCCAACAUCAAUUUCUACGACGAUGAGGGGUAUCGGUUGUGCUUGCAUGUCUCCUUCCGGCCGUCCACGAACGUCCUGCACAUCUCGCAGUGGUGGGACGGAAGCUGGCGUAACGCCUGGUGGGCCCCCUUCUCCAAGGUCUUCGCCAACAUGCAGCAAGGACGGGAUGGCUGGCUCCGUGUCGUGAGGAACACGGACUUCUUCUACGACUUCGAAACAUUCAACCUGGAUGACCAUAACGAGCGAGUUCAUGGGGCAACUUGGAGUGUUAGAGCUGCCGCUUGGACGGUCCAAUCUGUGAAGUAUGCCGGGUCGCCGUCUUUGUUUGGUGAGAGAAUCGAGGUUCAUAUCUAG